UGCGCCGCGCGUCUCUCGUCAGUCAAAUCGCGAUCGUCGUUGUGUGAUCAUUCGUUAACACAUUGCACUUCUUAUACAAAUCUCGGCACGUGCGGAUUGACCUACGUACGAAAAUAAACUCCGUCGAGAAUUACAUCAAUUUUUACAAACAGGUUUAAACGACACAGUGAACAGCGGAUCUGUGAACAAAAAAAGAAGAAAAAUAACUUUAGUGAUAUUUGUACCCUAAUCAAAGACAUUAUUGACUUAAAUUAUGAUGGAGCGAUUGAUGCUGCUGGCUUUUCUAGUCACCACAGUGUUAUGCCACGAGCCGUUUCAAGUGAUCUUUGAAUGGAAGUCCAUUGACUUCCAUUGGCAAUCAGAAGACCAACAGAAAUCUGCUAUAUUGCUUGGCGAGUAUAUAGAGGCGCAUAAUUUCAUCACUACUGUGAAAUUUUGGAAGGAUAAAAUGUAUCUAACGUUACCGCGAUGGAAAGACGGCGUACCGGUGACACUGGGCGUUACGUCGUCGAAACCGAUCAACGGAGUGACAGCGCCCAAAUUGGAUGCCUUCCCCAGCUGGGACAUGCAGAAAUUGGAUAAUUGUGCAGCAUUCCAAUUAAUUCACAGUAUAGAGAUUGAUCCUAAGGGUCGUAUGUGGGUGCUUGAUUCCGGCCGGCCCAUUUUUAGGGAAUCCAGAGCCAACUGCUCACCUCGUCUUGUCAUUCUCGAUCUCGAGAACAACGACAAGAUUCUUCGUACUUACGAAUUCCCCGAGCAUGUGACUAACCGUAAAGAUGCGUAUCUCAACGAUAUUGUUCUCGAUCAUGACAACGGCGGUAUGGCAUAUAUCACCGAUACUAGUAGUACUGAUCCCGGCAUUAUUGUAUAUUCCUUAAGGGAUAACAAUUCCUGGAAGGUGCGACACGACUCUAUGAAAGCGAAAUCAGAGGCAAUAUCAUUCAUGGUAGCAAAUACGCGUCUAAAUAAUCCAGUGGACGUGGAUGGCAUAGCGCUUUCACCAGCGAGCAAUCGUGACAGACAAGUCUAUUACUCGCCUUUAUCUUCUUUCCAUCUGUACUCGGUUCCAGUGUCCGUCUUAAAGAACAACGUGACGAAUAUCGAUCAAUACGUGAAGAAACUUGGGCAGAAGUCUUCGCAGACGGAUGGCAUGGCGAUGUCGGCUACAGGCGUGCUUUACUUCGGUCUACUGGCUGACGACGCUAUUGCCAUGUGGGAUACUAAGAGUACAACAUCCUUCACUGUCGGUCAACGAGUUAUAUCGCGCGAUCACGUAUUAACGCAGUGGCCUGAUAGUUUUGCUUUCGAUGAAGACGGCAAUUUUUGGUGCGUUACCAAUAUGCUGCAAAACUUCUUAAACAAACGCGUUGAUACCAACGUACCUAAUUACCGUCUCAUUCGGUCACACGUAGGCGUUAGAAGUUAUCAAUAUUACGAAAACGGUACGGCACCCGAAUUACCAGAUAUCACCUCCAAUGCUAAUUCCAUUAGAUUUAUGUUUACCGCGCUGCUGCCUACCAUGUUAAUACUUAUCGCGAAAUAAUCGCUUAACAAUAGAAUCCUGUUAAAAUUAUGUACUUUGCGCGCACAAAAAAAAUAAUUUAUAAAUCCGCGUUAAAACUGUCGAUCAUAUUAACUCUUAAAUGUGUUUUUUUUUUCUUAUUUGCUUAUUUAAUAAUUAAAGAAAUACAGCUGACAAACAUUAUGAGAUACAACUUAUUAAACAAAAAUUUGAAUGAUUACUCUCAUUUUAUUGUUUUGAAUUUUUUCAUAUUAGUUUUCAGUUUAAAAGAUUAUUAGAUAAUUUCUUGUGUCAUUAUCUGAUAUAAAAUAUCUGAGUUGAAUAAGGCCCAGCACUAAAACAAUAUUUUUAAAUUUACCACUUAAAAAUGUGUUUUAUGCUAAAACAUUUUUUAAAAAUAUUAUAAAAAAGAAAUGGAUAAAAAGACUAAGAAAUUGGCAAUAACGGUUUUAUUUAGUGCAAUGAAAAAUUGUGUGAAACAAAAAAAACUGUAUGAGCCAUUGUUAUACAAAAAUUCGCAAAGUUCUGCAAAGUUUAUUAUGUACACAUUAUUUUAUAAUUUAUUGUAACAUAUAAUACUAUUUAACUUUCUAACUAUAAAAAAUAAUAAAUAUUUAUAUCAAUUUUUAAAAAUAAGUAUAUAUUUUCUUAGAACGUACUUAUUAAAUAAGAAUUACUUAUAUGGCUAUUGUUACAUAUAUAUUUGUUUAGAGACAGGUUUAUAAUAGAAUAAUAAUUUUCAAUACUACAUCUAACUUUUAAAAAGCUAAAAUUACAUCCAAAGAUUAGAAAAUUCCAACGAUAAAAAAUAAUAAUAAUUAAAUAAAAGAUAGUUAUCGUGUUUAAAAAUAAAGACCUUAAAUAAUUUUAUUUUUAUGCUUAAUAAUCAUUUUAAAACUGGUUUAGAAGAUAAUGUUUAAUUUUUUAUUUCCAAUUUAUUUUCGAUUUUGUGCGUGCAUGCGUAUGUAUGGGUAUGCGUGUGUGAGAUGGGACUUUAUUUUAUUUAUAAGCAAUGUUAUUUUGUAAUAUUUAUAAGCAAUGUUAAUAAGAUUCAAUAUCCAUGUUUAAAAAAAUGUUUUACAUUUAUAAAUAUUAUUUAUGAAAGAUAUGCAUUUUUAUGAGUGAUUAAAAUAAAGAUUUUAUUUUCACU